CAGGCCAUGAAAUUAAGUGAGGAAAGUGACCACUACCUGCCAGAGUGUGAACAUUAAUGAAGAGAGAAGAUCUGUUUAAAGGACCAUACUCUGGAAGAGAACCGCUUCUCUGAAACUGACAAAAAUGGCAAUCACCGUGACAGAUUUCCUACGUGAUCGGGGGGUUCCAGAAGAAGCACUCACACUAAUCGAGGAGCAAAAGAUCGACAGGGAUGUCAUCUUGCUUAUGGACGAUUCAGCUUUGGCUAACUACAUUCCCUCAUAUGGAGACAGAAUUGCUCUUUUUAAUUUUUGCAAAAAUCAGAAACCUGUCUCAAAGCGAAAAAUGGGCCUUUUUUAAAAGCUCAGAGAAAAAAUGAAACUAAGAAAGGAAACCAAACAAAGUGAAGAGGAGCCUAAAACCUCUAAAUCCAACUCUAGACGAAGAGUCAUUAGACGGACUGUUGAGAUAGGUUGGAUACACCAAGACAAUACUGAAAUCAAACAGGUUAGAGCAAAGCAAGGAGGAGGGACCAGAAAAGUUGUUAUGAACAUCAGUGGUGGAUAUAAUGACAUCCUGAAAGAAGGGAAAAGUCUUUUUUUCCCAAAUGGUGUUUCAAGUAAAGGCCAUGAAUCAGACUUCACAUUUGAUGUUUGGGAUUUUCAGCAAAAUUCCUUAUCUGGUGACAUCUCAAUUGGCACAAUAUAUGACACCAUCAAACUUCCCAUGCUGCGUUUCUACAUUGCCACAAAGCAACAAUCAGUUGUAGAUGUUUCUUCUACUGAAUCAGAACACACUGAUGUUAAUUCUAACUUUGAUGGCCAGGAUGACAUUAUUGAAUUUUCUGACAGCCAGUCCUUUUCUUCGGCACCAUGGUGGCUUCAGAGGUCCAUUUUAUCUUACCAGAGAUAUUAUCAGAUGAUGCAGUUGUUCUUCACGACUAUGUAACACUGGGAGAAAAUCCACAUAAUAUCUCUGACCCAGAAAUUACAUUUGGCCCAAAUCCAGAAGAUGAUUUUGAUAAUGCUGACACACUGAUUUAUCAGCCUGAAACACCUGACCAUUCACCUCAAACAAAAAUGCUAACCAUACACCACGCAAAUUGUUUCAAUGAUAUGAUUGAAGCAUUUUCUGACCCAGACACUCUGACUACACAACUGACAGUGAGGCGACUACUUCCAGAUAAUUCUGAGGAAGCUGGUAGUGGCUCAGGGGUACUCAGAGAUAUCUUUAGUGCCUUUUGGCAAGAAUUCUAUGAUCGUUGCACUCUUGGUACAUCGGUGAAAGUGCCCUUCAUCAGACAUGAUUUCAAGGCUGACACCUGGAAAGCUAUUGGCAGAAUUUUCUUGAGAGGAUACCAAGAUUGCCACUACCUUCCCAUCAAGCUUGCAUCCCCUUUUGUUGAGGAGAUGUUAUUUGGAGUAGUGUACAGUGACCUGACAGAAGUCUUUCUUCAGUUUGUAAGCUGCCAGGAGCGAGAGAUCCUCAGACAGGCUUUACAGGACUUCUCUUCCAUUGAAGCUGAUGACCUUCUUGAGGUCCUUGACAACUAUGAGUGCAGAAGAAGAGCCUCAGCAGAAAAUCUACAAUCAAUUUUGAUUGAAAUUUCACACAAAGAACUUGUGCAAAAGCCAAUGUUUGUAAUUGAUUGUUGGAGGGAUAUUGCAAAACCACAAAUCAGUCUGCAUUAUGAGAAGCUAAGGAAGAUGUACGAUGACCUUAAACCCACAUCUAAAAAGGUGACAAGGCUGUUAAAGUUUCCAGGUGAUAUGACAGCAAAGCAAAAAGAGGUUGAGCAUCAUCUCAAAAGGUAUAUCAGAGAACUCAAUGAAGAAAAACUAGGGAAGUUUCUGAGAUUCUGCACAGGUUCUGAUUUGAUUGUGUCAGACAGUGUCACUGUGGAGUUUACAGUAAUGUCUGAUUUUACAAGACGUCCAAUAGGACGAACAUGUGGCAUGUUCCUACAGCUACCUGAUAGCUACGAAAAUUUCCCUGACUUUCGUGCUGAAUUCAACGAAAUUCUUGAAAGCAACAUUUGGGUGAUGGAUAUUGUGUAGCAUUAUUAUGUGGCCCCUUAGCCAUAAUUCUGGCUAUGCUGUUGCCAGGCUAAUAAGUUUAAAAUGGUGAAAAAGAUCACAGCCUUAGUUAACCGAUAGAAACACCUACAACUGUUUAUUUCCUUUUCUUAGGUGUACUUUGUCUUCAAGUCUCAUCUGUUCUGUCCGGUUAUA